UUGACAUUUAUUUUGAGAUUGGGUAACAUUGAAAUUGAAAGAAGCUCCUUCCUCUUUCUGUCAGAUCCAUGCCGCCAUGAUCCGCCGCCUGAACACUACUCUCGCCCUCUCUUUCCUUUUUCUCCUUAUUUCCUUACUUUUAUACCAUUUUCUCUUCCCCCACCAACCACUCCCUCCCAACAAACACAUAAUCCGAUUUUCCCAAUACAAGAAAGCCCAGUAUCUGAGGGCCUAUCUGGAGAGCAAUGUGAAAUCAAACGGCUGGUCGUGGGUUGACAGGCACAAUCCCGCGAUGAAGUUCCCCACGGACUUUGCCCUUGUGACGAUCCAGGAAUCCCUAAAGGACUCCCUGAUUGAGGAAUUUCGGAAACUGGAGCUGGUAAAAGAUGUUUCCUUGGAUUUGAGCUAUCAAAGGGGCUUUCUCCAGGAGAAUGGUGGGCAGAAGAGGCCCGGCAAGAUAUUCACUCGCAUGUCAUUCAGUGAAGGGGAGACGAAUGCUAGUGGUGCGAGGGUUGGCUGGAGGAGUCUGAUGAUGCAGGUUAUGAUAAAGUGUUUUAUUAGUUUUGAAAUUAUGCCUCCAUGUAAUAAGAAGGCUGAAAUUGAGAAAGAUAGAAUUGCAGCUGAAGAGAAAAGUACGGUGGGAAAGAAAUCACAAGUUACCUCCUUGUUUGGAGCAGAUGCUCUCUGGUCGAAAGGGUAUACUGGUGCAAAAGUAAAAAUGGCUAUUUUUGAUACUGGGAUCCGCACAAAUCAUCCACACUUUCGUAAUAUCAAGGAACGCACUAAUUGGACCAAUGAAUAUACAUUAAACGACAAUCUUGGACAUGGAACAUUUGUGGCUGGUGUUAUUGCUGGUCAAGAUGCAGAGUGUCUUGGCUUUGCUCCAGACACUGAAAUCUAUGCUUUUCGGGUAUUCACUGAUGCUCAGGUUUCAUACACUUCAUGGUUUCUUGACGCAUUCAAUUACGCUAUUGCAACCAAGAUGGACGUGCUGAAUUUGAGUAUUGGUGGGCCUGAUUAUCUGGAUCUCCCAUUUGUUGAGAAGGUUUGGGAAAUUAGUGCAAAUAAUAUUAUCAUGGUAUCAGCAAUCGGAAAUGAUGGACCACUUUAUGGAACUUUGAACAACCCUGCAGAUCAAAGUGAUGUUAUUGGUGUCGGCGGAAUCGAUUAUAGUGAUCACAUAGCAUCGUUUUCAUCACGAGGCAUGAGUACUUGGGAGCUUCCUCACGGGUAUGGUCGUGUGAAGCCUGAUGUUGUUGCUUAUGGCCGAGAAAUAAUGGGUUCCAAGAUUAGUACGGGCUGUAAAAGCUUGUCAGGCACCAGUGUCGCAAGUCCUGUGGUUGCUGGAAUAGUUUGCCUUCUUGUUAGUGUCAUUCCUGAAAAUAAGAGAAAAGAAGUUCUCAAUCCAGGAAGUAUGAAACAAGCACUAGUUGAAGGUGCUUCAAAACUUCUUGGUCCUAACAUGUAUGAACAGGGGGCUGGCAGGGUUGAUCUACUGGAGUCUUACGAAAUUUUGAAGAGCUAUGAACCUCGGGCAAGCAUAUUUCCCAGUGUCCUUGAUUAUAUGGAUUGCCCCUAUUCCUGGCCUUUCUGCCGUCAACCUUUGUAUGCAGGGGCCAUGCCUGUCAUCUUUAAUGUCACCAUUUUGAAUGGUAUGGGCGUAAUUGGUUAUGUUGAAAAGCCUCCUGUAUGGCUCCCUUUCAGUGAGGAAGGCAAUCUCCUAAGCAUUCAUUUCACCUACUCAGACGUUAUUUGGCCAUGGACGGGUUAUUUGGCACUUCACAUGCAAAUCAAAGAGGAAGGGGUACAUUUUUCUGGUGAAAUAGAAGGCAACAUAACUGUCAAUGUUUAUAGCCCCCCAGCUCAGGGCGAAACAAAUCCUCGAAAAAGUAGCUGUGUCCUUCGCCUGAAAUUAAAAGUCAUUCCUACCCCUGAAAGAUCACUGAGGGUAUUGUGGGACCAAUUUCACAGUAUCAAGUACCCACCUGGCUACAUCCCUCGAGAUUCUUUGGAUGUUAGGAAUGACAUCCUAGACUGGCACGGAGACCACUUGCACACAAAUUUCCAUAUCAUGUAUAACAUGUUAAGGGAUGCAGGGUAUUAUGUGGAAACUCUGGGUUCUCCUUUUACUUGUUUCGAUGCAAAGCAAUACGGGACACUUCUGCUGGUAGAUCUCGAAGACGAGUACUUUGCUGAAGAAAUUGAAAAAUUGAAAGAUGAUGUCAUUAACAAUGGGCUAGGUCUUGCAGUCUUUGCCGAUUGGUACAAUGUGGACUCCAUGAUGAAAAUGAAGUUCUUUGAUGACAAUACCAGAAGCUGGUGGACCCCAGUCACUGGGGGUGCGAAUGUACCUGCUCUUAAUGAUCUUUUGGAGCCCUUUGGAAUUGCUUUUGGUGACAAAGUUCUGAAUGGUGAUUUUGUUAUUAAUGGGGAGCAGAGUCGGUACGCGUCUGGAACUGAUAUUAUAAAGUUUCCUGAAGGAGGAUAUGUGCACAGCUUCCCUUUCUUGGAUAGCUCUGAGAGUGGCGCUACUCAAAAUGUCCUGUUAUCUGGUAUGAGUAAGGCAGAUUCCCCAAUUCUCGGACUUUUGGAGGUUGGAAGUGGUAGAAUAUCCGUAUAUGGAGAUUCCAAUUGCCUGGACAGCAGCCAUAUGGUCACGAACUGUUAUUGGCUUCUGAAAAAGAUAUUAGAUUUUACCUCGAGAAGUAUUCGAGACCCUGUGCUUUUUCUGGACUCCAGCAGAUUGGAUAAAACAUUGCACCAAGACAACAACCAGCUACCAUCCCGCAGAGCAGACGUAAAUUUCUCAACUUACUCUGCUGUUGUCGGUAAGAAAUUGAUAUGUGGGCGUGACUCAAGGUUUGAAGUAUGGGGGAAAAACGGCUAUGAUUUGAAUGUCAGGACUAGAAAUCGUAGAUUGCCUGGCUAUGCCGACUUUGAUGUGGGCCAUGCACUAAAUUCUACACUUGGAAAGAUUCCUGUUAAGAAAUUCAUUUCAGUUGGAAACAAAGAUGACCAUUCUUUAGGGAAAAAAAAGUAUCUGGGCUACUUGUAUGGAGAUGAAAGACUUGGUGAAAUGGAUAAGUCGCGAGGAGAUACAGAAGAGUUCGCAACAGGUCGAGGUCCUAAUGGAAGCGAUCUGUGGAGUAGGAGAUUACUCGAGGACAUCCAAACGAGAUCAUUGCAAUCUGAAGACUACGACAAGAUGCCUCUGAGCAACAGUACCCGAAUUUGA